AAAAACAAACUGAUGUGUCACACUAAAAGUACUAUCUUUGUUUUAUUUACAUUUUCAAAUCGAGUACGGUCCGCAUGAAACGUCAAAGACGUGUAAUAUUGAAGUUUGUAUGUUAGUGGCCACUAAUAACAACAAAUACCGAUUUGUAGUUUUAUUCGAACUAUCAUUCUCACAAGAAUAAGUUUGUCGACACCUACUUCUGGGCAAUGUAGAAGUGACUGAACGCUGUACUGUGUAAUGUAGAUCUAGAAGAGCGUUGCGUAAGACAGUGAUAACAGGCCGAGUUGUAUUAGUCGUAUUCUGUUUUCCUGUAGUUAGUUGUGUACAGACAGUACUUGGAAGUAUAUUCGCGAAAAUGACUCUCAGGGUGUGUGCAAAUCUUAGCUUCAUGUUUCAAGAAACUACAUCACUUAUCGAAAGAUACGCUUUAGCUAAGGAAGCUGGUUUCCGUGCUGUGGAAUGUGCUUUUCCAUAUGAAUAUCCCCUGGAAGAAGUUAUUUCAGCAAAAGAAAGUGCCGGUGUCGACCAGAUCUUAAUAAAUGUAUUUCCUGGUGACCAAAGUAAAGGAGAACUUGGGUUUGCAGCAAUUCCUGGACAGGAGGAGAAGUUUAAAGAAAGCCUCAGUCUUGCAGUUAAAUAUGCAAAAGGCCUUCACUGUAAGCGGAUUCAUGUGAUGUCUGGAAAUGCUGAAAAUCCAAGCAGUGUGAAUGACGACAUUUAUGAGAAAAACAUUAAGUAUGCAGCAUCUUUGUUCGAGAAAGAGGGUAUUGUAGGAUUGAUUGAACCAAUCAAUCCACAUUCUGUUCCAAACUAUUACAUGAAUAAUUUUUCAAAAGGGCUGGACAUUGUCAGAAGAAUAAAUAGUCCAAAUCUAAGGUUGAUGAUGGAUUUAUUCCAUGUUCAACACUUACAAGGCGACCUGACACACACAAUUAAAAUGGCCCUACCAUAUGUUGGCCACAUCCAGAUUGCCCAAGUGCCCAACAGAAAUGAACCUGACACACCUGGUGAAGUAAAUUACAGCUACAUAUUUGAUGUUCUAAAAGAUAAUGGUUAUGAUGGUUGGAUUGGUUUGGAGUACAAACCAGCAAAGGGAACAAGAGAAGGGUUGAAAUGGAUUCAGAAUUAUAGAGUUACACAGUAAUUCUUGUUGAAAAAUAUUUUGUAGAGGUGUUUUCUGGAACAAAUAUUUAUAUUUUGGGAUUUUUUUAAUUGCAAAGCAUGAAAAUAUAUGUAAUAAAAAUUUGAACUUUUAA